AUGACACUUGGGGUAGAUGACACUGAACCUGGCUCUCCUCCCUCAGAACCUGGCUCUCCUCCCGCAAAACCUGGCUCUCCUCCCUCAGAACCUGGCUCUCCUCUCUCAGAACCUGGCUCUCCUCCCUCAGAACCUGGCUCUCCUACAGAACCUGGUUCUCCACCAUCGGAACCUGGCUCUCCUCCCUCAGAACCUGGCUCUCCUCCUACAGAACCUGGUUCUCCUCCCUCAGAACCUGGCUCUCCUCCUACAGAACCUGGCUCUCCUCUCUCAGAACCUGGUUCUCCUCCCUCAGAACCUGGCUCUCCUCCUACAGAACCUGGCUCUCCUCCCUCAGAACCUGGCUCUCUUCCUAAAGGACCUGGCUCGCCUCCCUCAGAACCUGGCUCUCCUCCUACAGAACCUGGUUCUUCUCCCUCAGAACCUGGCUCUCCUCCUACAGAACCUGGCUCUCCUCCCUCAGAACCUGGUUCUCCUCCCUCAGAACCUGGCUCUCCUCCUACAGAACCUGGUUCUCCUCCCUCAGAACCUGGCUCUCCUCCUACAGAACCUGGCUCUCCUCCUACAGAAUCUGGUUCUCCUCCCUCAGAACCUGGCUCUCCUCCUACAGAACCUGGCUCUCCUCCCUCAGAACCUAGCUCUCUUCCUAAAGGACCUGGCUCUCCUCCUACAGAAUCUGGUUCUCCUCCCUCAGAACCUGGCUCUCCUCCUACAGAACCUGGCUCUCCUCCUACAGAACCUGGUUCUCCUCCCUCAGAACCUGGCUCUCCUCCCUCAGAACCUGGCUCUCCUCCCUCAGAACCUGGCUCUCUUCCCUCAGAACCUUUUUCUUCUCUUCUAGGAUCCGUCUUCCUAGCCUCAGAACUUGGUUCCCUUGUAUCACAGCCUGGCUCUCAGGAUUUAGUUCCUGGCGAUCCCCUCUCUCGGUCUUUAUUUUCUAAUUGGACUCCAGUAUGUCUGACGACCAAGUCAUCUAUUCCCACUUCCUGUCCCUCUACCUAUCCCCCUAAAAAGGAGGUCUUUCCAUCCCGUAAAAUUCAAAUUUCCUUAGAUACAAAGUUGCGCCUGGAUGGUGGUGAAACUUUCGUGUCCGACGUCAAAACUUUGGUCGUAAUGUUGACUGACGCGAACACUGGUAUGCCUGAAUGCUCCCAGUACCCACCACCGGUCCCAGCCAGGAUUCUAGCAAAUUCCGGAGAGGUUUUCAGAACACUUGACACUGCCAAAACACCCAUUUCUUCCUCAAGACAAUUUUCAGACCCGAAAACACUCAUCUAA